GGUGCGCGGUUGCUAGGUUGACUCUCUGUCUGUGUGUGUCUGCCCUGAGAUGACUCAGGAGGAGGUUCCUUCAGUGCCAGUAACCGCGUAAAAAAGAAAUGCACGAGCGUCGACUUUAACGGCAGCAGGAGAAAAGUAGCGACGCUUGUUUCUCCCUUUUUUAAAAAAAAGUGUUUUGUUGCAAUGUGUCUGUCCUGAUGUGGAGGAGAAUCACAGCAAUUAUAAUGUAGCAGCCUUAGGCCAAGGCUCUGCCAGCAACCCUCUCAGUGUGAUAUGAAGUUGCCAUCCACAGGCCCGGACUGGUUCCUCUGAGCUUUCCAGUUACAGUGUUGCCCGAACACAUCGCCGAUUGCACCUAUUUGCAUCGUGCUGUGGGAAACCGAAGCCUUUGUUGGCCAAAACUCACCAAGUUUAUAAACAAAAGUGAGACUGAAUUGGCGCAGGUUUCUUUUUAAUGUGCAUUCACAAUGAAUACGUCACGAAGCAGUUCUUCUUUCCUCAGUGAUGGAUUUGAUCUUAGCUUGACUGGCUCUCAGUUAUCCAUGACUAAGCGCCCCAGCAGUGCUUCACCUGCCAAACAGCUAGCACGCUCCACCUCUGUCAUUUCUGAGAACAAGGCCAAAAGGAACACUUUGGUUGAUGCUGGGCUUGGAAAUGUCAAUGGCAGUGGUUCUCGUGCCAUCAACAAUUUACAAAGGUCGAACAGUACAACACAAGUCAGCCAGCAGGCCAGUGCCUCAUUAAGUGAAGAGAGAGCGGACGAUUUCCUGGCUUUGUUUGAUAGCUCUGCAGAUGGGAGGAAAAAGCUGUCCAGUUUGAGCAAGACAUCCCCAGAGAAGAAGACCACUUGGAAUGUUCUGGACGAGGAGCCCAGACCUUUCCCAGUUCCUGUUAGUGGUCGCAGCACCAGUACAACAGAUGUGCCAGUCAUGACGAAGAGGAGGGAGACCACACCUGUGUCACUAGCAGCCAACUUUACUGCCAACAAUCGGAGUAACAAGGGAACGGUUGGGAAUUCUGUCACCACAAUGCUGCACAACAACUACCCAACUAUUGAUAAACUUUUGACCCCAAAGAGUUCCAACCAGAAAGCCACAUCUCUGAACAACAUGGUUAAGAUGCCAACUAAUGAGGAAAAUAGCUUGGAUCAGAGCUCCUUUAAGAAAUCACAGAAAAACCUAUCCAGUAAUAAUGUUGUAACAAGAAAUAACACAACCUUCUUAAAGAAGAAGAAGGAAGUGACUGAGGAGGAAGCAGAAAGAAUCCGAUACUUAAAUCUUAACGAUAAAAUGGAUUUUACUCAACUGCUCCAGAACGAUAAUCCAGAUAUCGCUCAUCCCGAUUUAGGGUUCAUACAACAUGUGAACCAUGCAGUGAUUACCAUUCAGCGCUGGUACAGACGUCAUUCACAGAGACGCAAAGCAAGUCAAGCUGCCCUAAAGCGACUGCUUGCUACUAAAAAACAGGAGAGAGAGCAAGAAAUGUUAGUUGAAAGUGAUCAAGAGCGCCAAAGGAAAAAAAGUGAGGAACGGAAGAAGAUUCGAGAAGAGAAAGCGCGACAAGCAAGGAAGGCUGCCAUCGAGGAAUUGCAGCAGAAACGUGCAGAAAAAGCAGCUGAAGAUAAAAGAACUAGUGAGGAAGAAAUUGCCAUGCUUCAAGAGAGGGGGAGGAUUGCAAAGAAAAAAACUAUCAAGCCUAUGUCUGUCAAUAAUACAAGUCCAGUUCAUAGUCGAAUUAAAUCCAAAAAUUCAGUUACAGAUCCAGAAGUGCUUUCUAACCAGAGAACUGUGAGUCCCCUUGCUCCUUGUGUAAAGACAGAAGAACUGCAGAACCAGCCACAGGACGUGAUUGAGGGAGAGAUACCAGCUGAGGAACAGGAGAUAAUGACAACAAGCCUAACCCAGUCUAAAACAACGUUGCAUGAAGUACUUGACACACUCAAGUUACUGGAGGAAGAACCUAAACUACUCCCUGAACCAAACGUCCAUAAGAAGGAUAAAUACGCUUGGAUUGAUGGGGAUUGCGACUCCACAUCCUUGACGGCAGAUAAUCUGGAGAAACUGGGGCAAAUUGAGCCAGCUUCAGGCCUGCCAGAUCAUGGCAGUCUGCUGUCUGAAGCAAAGCUGCAAAGCAUUAUGAGUUUCCUUGAUGAGAUGGAGAAGUCUGAACAAGAGCGACCAAAGUCUUGUUCCUCAACAGCUCCCAAAGAGGUUCUGCUUUCUGAAGAAGAAUUGUCUCACCUGGAACAAGCUUCAGUCAUGGCAACUGAGGUUACAAGCUCAAUGAUCAGAUUAAAACUGGAAUUUGAGGAAAAGAAACGUGCAAUUGUCAUGUUGCAGACUGCUUUGGCCCAGCAAAAAGAAUUGACUGUACGUCAUAUGAAGGAGACUGAGAGGGAAAUGUGUCAUCGGAUAAAAAUGCAGAAGGAACAGUAUGAAUCAACUAUUCAGCGGCAUCUGGCUUUCAUUGAUCAGCUGAUAGAUGACAAGAAGGGGUUAAAUGCAAAGUGCGAGUCUAUGGUAAAUGAAUUGAAGCAGGUGGACCAGAAAUACACUAAGAAAAUCCAACAGAUGCAUGAGCAGCAUGAACUGGAAAUCAAGAAGUUAAAAGAAAUAAUGAGUGCAACAGAAAAAAUACGCAGAGAGAAAUGGAUAGAUGAGAAAACAAAGAAAAUUAAAGAGAUUACUGUGAAAGGUUUGGAGCCAGAGAUUCAAAAGCUAAUAGCUAAACAUAAACAAGAACUCAAGAAACUGAAAGCAUUGCAUGAGGCUGAACUUCUGCAAUCUGAUGAGCGUGCAGCUCAGAGAUAUAUCAGACAGACUGAAGAACUAAGGGAACAGCUGGAGAGGGAGAAGGAAGAUCUGUGCCAGAGGGAGCGGGAUCUUGCCAGACAAAGAUAUGAAAAACAGCUUGAACAAGAGGAGCAAGCUAUCCAGCAACAGCGAAGGAGACUGUAUGCUGAGGUGGCUGAAGAGAAGGAACGUCUCAACCAGCAAGCUGCUAGGCAACGAGCUGAGUUGGACGAGCUGCGACGACAGCUGGAGGAUAAUUCUUCCCUUGUAACCAAAGCCCUGAAAGAAGAAUUUGAAAAGGCAAAAGAAGAGCAAGAAAGGCGUCACCAGGCAGAAAUUCAAUCAUUGAAGGAAAGACUAGAAAUUGAAAAACAGGCCUGGGAAGAAAACUACAUGAAGAAACAGGAGGCAUGGUUGCUUAGCCACGAGCGAGGGUUAAAAGAAGAAGUCCGCAAAGGACGAGACAAGGAGAUCGAACUUGUUAUCCAGCGUCUGGAGGAGGAAGUCAGAGUUUCUAAGCAGGAGUGUGAGAGAGUAGCGGAGAAUACGAUUAAGCAUGUUCGUCACAAAUGUGAAUCUGAGCUGAGGGAACUGGAACGCUCAGAACGCAAUCUGCAGGAAAAAUGCAAUGAACUUAAGGCACGGCUGAUGGAUGCGGAAGGAGAGACUAUCCGCUUCAAGGGAUUAUUCAGAUAUAAAGAACAAGAAAUAGAAGAUAUCAGAAAGAUCAAUGACAGACUUACCGAAGAGAGGAACAGUUUAGCUGAAGUAAUUCGUCAAGAGUUUGCCGACCGGUUGGUCAGCACCGAGGAAGAAAACAAGCAAUUAAAGACAGAGAUGUCUGAGGUGAGAGCACGUCAUCGUUUGGAAGUGGAGCGAAUCACUAAAGAGAAGGAAGAAGAACUGGAGGAGGUCCAUAAAAGGGUAAAAGUAGCAAUAGUAAAGAAAGAAGAAGCAGUGAAUAAUCUUCGAAAACAAUAUGAAGCAGCACAUAAAAGGGCAGAUCAUCUUGAAGCUCUACUUGAACAACAAAGAAAGCAACUCCUUGAUAAAUGAACAUGGAGACCAUUAGACCAGAGACCAUUGAGCCCAUAAACCUCAUGCUGGGAGUAUUUGAACCGUCAAGUUGAAAAUGUGAGCUGCGCAAUUGUGAUGAUUUGUGCAAAUGCCAACAGAAUAGCAUUAAUGUUUGUUUUUGAUCGGUAAUCUCAUGUAGUUUUAACUGUUCAAAUCAAACAUUCUAGCUAAAUGGUCUUUUUAAAUUUUUUUGUUAUUUUUCUACAUUAUGUACCAUAAUAUUUUUCUCAAAUUGCAGCCCUUGUUUUGUAUGUUAGCUGUAAUGUGUAGCAUGACAGAAUUUAUAAAGUAUUUCAAUUAGUUUCAUUAUUGCACAAAAUCUCUUGUAAUUAAAUGACUCUUCUUUGACCCACUUUGUUUAAUUUUGGUUAGAAGCGCCUACUUGAAUUUAAGAAAUUCAGUGCCAAGCUGAAAUGAUAAAUAACUGCCUUUCUCCCCCACAAUCUAAUUAUUGCUGAACAAAUCACAUGAAGAAGAAUCAUACCAGACUCAGAACAGUAACUCAGUUUCUCUCACCACAGAUGCUGCCAGACCUAGAGCCAUAGAGCUGUACAGCAAGGUAACAGACCCUUCGGUCCAACACAUCCAUGCAGACCAGGUAUCCUAAGUUAAUCUAGUUCCAUUUGCCAGCAUGUGGCCAUGUCCCUCUAAACCCGUUCCUAUUCAUGUAUGCAGCCAGAUGCCUUUUAAAUGUUGUAAUUGUAUGAACCUCCACUACUUUGUCUGGCAGCUCAUUCCAUAUGUGCACCACCCUCUUCUUGAAAAUGUUGUCCUUUUGGGUCCCUUUUUUAAAUCUUUCCUGUCUCACCUUAAAUCUCUAAUCCCUCUGGUUUUGUACUCUCCCACCCUGGGGAAAGACCUUGGUUGUUCACCCUAAUCACGCUUCCUGAUUUUAUAAACUUCUAUAAGGUCACUCCUCGACCUCUGACAUUCUAGGGAAAAUAGCCGCAGUCUAUUGAGCGCCUCCCUAUAGCUCCAACCCUGGCCACACCCUUGUAAAUCUUUUCUGCACCCUUUCAAGUUUCACAACAUCCUUCCUAUAGCAGGGAGACCAGAAUUGAACAGGUAUUCCAAAAGUGGCCUAACCAUCCUGUACUCAAUGCACUGACCAAUGAAGGCAAGCAUACUAAAUGACUUUUUUUAUUAUCAUGUCUGUCUUGGACUCCACUUUGAAGGAAUUAUGAACCUGCACUCCAGGGUCUCUUUGUCAAAAAUCACUUCCCAGAACCUUAUACUAAGUGUAAAAUCCUGCCUGGUUUACCUAUCCAAAAGGCUUGCCAACUUUCCAGAAGACAUCCUAUAUCUCUCUUGGUAUAAAGAAAAGAGGAAAGGUAACAUCAGACUUCCAUGCACCAUAGAUUGGAGUGAGUAGAUAGAACUACCAAAUGCCAAUGUGCAACCCACUGUUCCCACCUACACUCCAAGCCUCUUUGAUCAGCAACUGCUGAGUUCCUCAAGCAUUCUCCUGCAUUUGUUUCAAAUUUCCAUCAUAAUUUACUUUCCAAGCACAUCUGUUGUAGCUGAUCUGAAGCUUCUUCCUAAGCCAAGUCAAUCUCAUUCCUGAAACCAUCAGCAGUAUGGUGGAACAACGUGGCGUACCACAACUUCGAGGGCAGUAGAUGACUCAAUAUACUGAGGAUUGACCAUGUCACACCAUUUUGUGAUAGGAACAGCAGAAAAUGACACAAGCUACUGAUAUGACCUUAAUUGUACUCGGCACACAGCCUCAACAUGUAUAAAGCUGCCUCCCUGAACCACUACAGUCUGAGAGAUGUGGCUGCUUUCACUAUGCUGUUUGGCCAGUGAAGUAUCAGUGAUAUACCUUCAAGUCAAAAAUAGAUGGAAAAGAAGCUUAUGAGAGGCAUACAAACAGUUUACAGAAAGAUAUUCAUAGGUUAUGUAAGUUGGCAAAUAGAGUAUAAUAUGGAAAAAUAUGAAUUUGUUUAUUUUGGAAGGGAGGACAAAAGAACAGCAUAUUAUUUAAAUUGACAAAAAGCUGUAAACUCACAGGUACUUAGGGCAUUUGUGCAGAAAACACAGAAAGCUAAUAUGCAGGGACAGCAAUUAGUUAGAAAUGCUAAUGAAAUGUUGGCUGUUAUUUCAAGGGAGUUGGAGUAUAAGAGUAGGGAAAUCUUAAUGCAACCAUACAGGGUGCCUGGUGAGACCACAUUUGGAGUACUGUAAGCAGUUUUGGUCCUGUAUAUUAUUACAAUCAUCAUAGAAUCCCUACAGUGUGGAAGCAGGCCAUUCAGCUCAUUGAGUCCACCCCAACCCUCCAAAGAGCAUCCCACCAGAACCACCCCCUAUCCUUAUAAUUCUGCAUUUCCCAUCUCUAUACCACCUAACCUGCAUGUUCCUGGACACUAUAGGAAAUUUUCCGUGGCCAGUCCACCUAACCCGCACAUCUUUGGACCGUGGGAGGAAACCAGAGUAUCCGGAGGAAACCCACACAGACACAGGGAGAAUGUGCAAACUCCACACAGACAGUCGCGAGAGGGUGAGAUUGAAUCUGGGCCCCUGAUGCUGUGAGGCAGCAGUGCUAACCACUGAGCCACCGUGCUGCCUCUGGAGAUACAAUGGAAGUAGUUCAGAAAUUAGGAUGAUCUCCAGUAUGGAAAGAUUGUGUUAUGAGCAAAGGUCAAACAGCUUGGGACUCUACUCAUUUGAAUUUAGUGGAAGCAAUGUGAUCUCAUUGAAACGUAGGAUUCUUAAGGAGCUUGACAGGGUAAAUACUGAGAGAUGGUUACCCUCUUAGGAGAGUCUAGGACCAGAGGGCAUAGCCUCAGAAUUAAGGGGUGAUAAUUUAAGAUUGAGAUGUGGAGGAAUUUCUUGUGAUGGUUGAAUGUCUUUGAAACCUCUUGCCACGGAGGGCUGUGGGGGCAGAGCCCUUGUGUAUGUUUAAAGCUGAGAUAGGUAAGUUCUUGAUCAGUAAGGGAAUCAAGUGUUACUGGGAAAGGGCAGGAAAGUGGAUGUGAGGAGUGUUAGAUCAGCCAUGAUCCCAAUGAAUGGUGGAACAGGCUUGAGGGGUAAAACAGCUGACUCCUAUUCCUAUUUUUUAUGGUCAUAAGUCAGGAUGGUGUGUGGUAUUGAGGGGACUUGGAACUGCUAGUGUUCUUAUAUGAUUGCUACCUUUGUACUUCUAGGUGAAAGCUUAUGGGUUUGGGAGGUGCUUUCGAGGAGCCUUGACCAUCUCCAAAUCUGUCACCAUCCUGACUCACCACCACCAUUUCAAGGACGGUUACAGAUAAGCAUUAAACACUGGUCUGAUCAGCAAGUCUGUAUUCUUUGAGGGAAAUAAACAAAAGUACAGAUUUCAGUGUUGAUCUUCUAGAUGGUACAUAAUGGAGUCUGUUUAAGGUAUGAUUAGGGUGCCAAUGAAAUGGCUGCAUUGGCUUGAAUGGUUUCAAAGUUUGAGUAUUGUGAAGUUGCAUUCAUCCAGGCAAUUCCAUCACUUCCUGAUUUAUACCUUGAAAAUGGUGGAAAGGCUUUGGUAACCAAGGAAUUGAACCACUUAACAACAACAUGUAUUUAUGUAGCAACUUGUGGCGAUGCCUCACAGAAUUAUUAAUGUGCUAUAUUUGGCACUCAUCCACAUGUGGCAAUAUUAGAAGACCAUAGGAGUAGUCAAAGAGUGUCUUAAAGGUAAAAUGGGAGGUUUAGGGAGAGGAUUUUAGAGUGUAGACCCUUGACAGCUGAAGAAAUUGAGGAAUCGCAAAAUAAUUAGAAGAGUGCGGAGGUCAGGGUUGUUGACUGAGGGAAAUUACAGAAAUGGAGAGAUGUGAGGAAAUGAAGAGAUUAAAAAACAUGAAUGAUGAUUUUAAAAUCAUUGCUUAAUCAGGAACUAAAUUAGGUCAACAUGUACAGGGGGAAGAACAAACAAAUGUGUGACACAGUUUAGUAUAAGGAAAGAGUUUUUGGAUGACUAUAUGUUUCUGGAGGGUAGACCCUGGGGAGCUGACCGAGUAAGAUUGAGACAGUUGAAUCUAGAGUUAGUGAGACGAUCAUUUGCGAUAAGGACAGAAUCACAUCGUGCUACUAAAUUGGAAGUAGCCCUUCCUAGCAUUGGGGGAUGGCUGUGUUUUAUAGUUCAACAUGGCAUCAAAUGUGACAUCCAGGUUAAAAACCGUCUAGUUCAGCCUCUCAAAACUGUUAGGAGUAAGGAUGGAAUUGAUGCUGAGGGAGUAGAAUUUAUGUCAGGACCUGAAGACAAAAGUUUCAAGUCUUCUGAAUAUAUAAUUGGAUGAAAUUUCUGCUUGCCACAGAAUGCUCAGACUUGCAUAGCCACAGUAUUUAUGUGGCUGGUCUUGUUAAGUCUUGAUCCUUGGUGACCCUGACAAUUUUGAUGUUCGGGCAGUUUGGAGAUGUAAUGGAAUUGAAUGUAAAGUAAGUACACUUGAUUUUUUUGGUGAUGGUUAUUACCUGACACUUGUAGUAUAUUACAUGCCACAGAAUGGCAACAAGUGAAUGUUGUCCAAACCUUGCUACCUGCAAGCAUGGAUUGCUGAACUGUCUGAGAAAUUAUGUAUGAUACUGAACACCAUGAAAACAUCAGGCAAAAUCCCUACUUCUGACUGUGAUGGGGAGAAAGUCACUGAUGAAGCAGCUGAAAAUGGUUAGGCUAGGACCCUGACCUGAUGAACUAUAACAAAGUCCUAGGGCAGGGAUGAUCUCUCUCUAACAAAUGCAAUGUUUUGAGCAGCUUAUGAUUCCAGCCAGUGCAGAGUUUCACUCCUAGUGAUUUUGUUACAAUCAUAAUGCAAAUGGACUAUAAUAUUCAAUUGCCGUAUAUUGACUUUAAUAUUGGAGACUUACAUUAACACAAAUGACUUUUCACCAAGAAUUUUUUUUAAAAAAUGGUUGCAGUAUUCCCCUGGCAAACUCAGGCAACCCACUUUUUGAAAAAAACAAAACUGGCUACAUCAAUAUUACCUUAUUAAUCAAAAUGAUAUGUAAAGAAAUUUGUAUCUCUUGUUUUAUCCUCACUUGCAUGAUAAAUUCACAUAUAUUGAGAGGUGAAAUGCUGCUUAUAACUGUCUGGUUUGGACAAUGACCUGACAUCAGAAUCCACAAAGGAACUGUAUACCAACAGCAACCUUGGAAUAGUAAAAAAAGAAAAGAAGCCAAAUGGACUGAUGACAGCCAAGAUACUGAAAGCUGUUCCCUCCCUCUCAUUCUCAGAAACUAACUCUGGGGGGGGGGGAAAGCAACUGGAAAACUGCUGUUCAUCAAGAAAUCAAAAUUAGCUGUGAUCUUUACCACAGCAGAGUAAACAUCUGUCAGCUCAAGGGUUAUACAACUUUAAAUUGUAACUGCCUUUGCCUUCCUGUGUGUAUGGAUACCACCCCACUCCUCCAUCCUUUGUUUGUAAAUUGUUACUUGUGUUUUUGUACAUAUGUGUGAUGUCACAUUUUCUCAUUUUCCUCUGGUUUAGUAGGUAAUAAAAUUCCGUUCUCUUAUUCAAAA